CGUCAGAAGAGGCUUAGAGUGGACGCAGACUUGUUGUUGACUACUUCAGAAUUUUCGGGUGCAUAGCAUAUGCACAUGUGCCAAAUCAGAAAAUGAGUAAGCUUGAUGACAAAGGGGAAAAGUGUAUUUUCCUUGGUGUUAGUGAUCACUCCAAAGCUUACAGAUUAUACAAUCCUUUAACCAAGAAGGUCGUCAUUAGCCGUGAUGUAGUGUUUGAUGAAGCAAGCACUUGGUCUUGGACAAAAAAAUCUAGGCGACAGAUUCUUGCAGAUUUCGAAAAUGGAGAAGAUCUGACAACAGUUGAAGAAAGUCUGCCUACAGCAGCAGAACUUAGUACUGGAGGAAGUCUGCCAAUAACACCAGAAUUGGAAUCUGGAACUAGUUCUAGACCUCAACGCAAAAAGAGCAGACCAACAUGGUUGGAGGAUUAUGAGGUAACAGAUCUACCUCAAGAUGAUGUUCCAGUCACGCAUUUUGCUCUAUUUGCAGAUUGUGAUCUUCAAAAAGGGCACAAGACAAUUGGUGUUAAGUGGAUCUACAAGACAAAGCUUAAAGAAAAUGGGGAGGUUGACAAAUUCAAAGCUUGCUUGGUGGCAAAGGGUUACAAGCAAGAGUUUGGCAUUGAUUAUCAAGAAGUUUUUGCCCCAGUUGCAAGGAUGGACACCAUCAGAUUGGUGAUUGGUUUGGCAGCACAGAACUCAUGACCGAUCUACUAGCUUGAUGUGAAAUCAACCUUCUUGCAUGGAAAUCUGCAGAAACAGGUAUUUAUUGAUCAACCUUCUGGUUAUGUGAAAUCUGGUUCUGAGCAUAAAGUUUACAGAUUGAAGAAAGCAUUACAUUGACU